UAUUGUUAUUUCAACGUUCGUGGAAAUUCGGCACGUGUACCGCGAGUCAGCGCCCUCUCCGCGCUUUCCACGGGUUUUCCCGCUUUCCCCCGGUGCGGGGCGCGCGCGACAGAGGGCACCAGUGGCCCUCAAUCAAUACCUUCGCGUCGCCGAGCCUCGACUACCCCAGUGCUCGCUGUCACCGCCGCCGCCGUCACGUCACCAGCGGCCCGAGCAAACAAUCCGGCAUUCAUGAUAAAUCCUCACCAAAAUAAACUAAAACUCACACUAAAAUGCGACGGAACCGUCUAACUAAGUUACAAACACAAAUCUGUUUAAACUCUUAGUGAUUGUUAUUAAGUGUUAAUUGUCAAAAAUGCAUCUCCAUUUCGAGAGAAACGUGAACGCUAAAUGUGAUUGCACCAUACUAUCUUUAUCAUGGAUGGGGAAGGUUCCCGAUGAGCUGCCUGAGGAGGAAGGAUGGAAGCUGAACCGCAACAACUACUACCAAGAAGGCUGGCUGGCGACGGGCAACGUGCGCGGCGUCGUCGGCGUCACGUUCACGUCGUCGCACGCGCGUCGUCCGCACGAGCUGCCAGCGCGCACGAACUACAACCUGCGCGGACACAGAUCUGAUGUGAUCCUAGUGAAAUGGAACGAGCCUUACCAGAAGUUAGCCUCAUGCGACAGUUCCGGGGUGAUCUUCGUGUGGAUCAAGUACGAAGGCCGCUGGAGCAUAGAGCUGAUCAACGACAGAAGCACGCCCGUCACACACUUCUCCUGGUCGCACGACGGUCGCAUGGCGCUCAUCUGUUACCAGGACGGCUUCGUGCUCGUGGGCUCUGUGGCGGGCCAGCGCUACUGGUCGUCCAUGCUCUCGCUGGACGCCCGCAUCACCUGCGGGUGCUGGACGCCGGACGACGGGCAGGUGUAUCUUGGGACAGCGUCAGCACAGCUGGUGGUUAUGGACGUGCACGGCGCUAUGGUGUCGCAGGUCCAGCUGGUAGCGGAAGGGGGUAUAACGUCGAUGGCGUGGUCCUGCGAGAAGUUCAAGAUGGAGGAGGGCGAAGAGGGGGGAGAAACUAACGGCGGGCACGUGCUUGCUGUUGCCUUGGGCAACGGCGAAAUAGUGUUACUCCGCGGACACGACGACGUGAGCCCGGCACGCAUGCGCACCGGCAUGCGCGGCACCACGCUCGCCAUGGAGUGGGCCAACUCGCGUGAACUCCUCGCUGUCGCCGGGACCCUGCUGCCUGAGGGCUCUGAGCCAGCGGACGCACCGCCAUUCAAGAACGUAGUGAAAUUCUACUCCGACACCGGCGUUCUCAUCUACACCGUACCCAUUCCUUACACCCAGGCGCGCGUAACGGCGCUGACCUGGGGCCACGCGGCGCGGCGGCUGUUCGUGGGCGUGGGCGGCGCGGUGUGCACGGCGCGCGUGUGGCGCGUGGUGGCGCCGCUGCAGCUGCUGGCGCGCGUGCGCGCCGCGCAGGCGCUGCGCGACCCGCGCGCCGCCGCCAGCCUGCCCCUCCCGCCGAGGCUGCAGCCCGCGCUCGCCAACCUUUUCGCGCACACUAUACGGUGCAACGUGCCAGAAACCCUCGAGCUCCGUCGCUUCGUGUCCCGGCCACCAGGGGGCGCCAGCGGCGGCGCCGGCACCCGACUACACUGCACCAUGUUGAGGCAUGAUGACGAGGAAGCUGGCUACACCCUGUACCUUGAGCAUCUAGGUGGCUUAGUGCCUUUGUUGAAAGGGCGGCGGACCAGCAAGAUUAGGCCGGAGUUUGUCAUCUUUGAUCCUCAAGGCGAAGAGAGCGCGAUCCGUAACGCGUGUGUCCGUGAGAGCAGCAGUAGCAGCAGCGGCGCUGGCAGCUCGUCUAGCAGCGCCGGCAGCGGUGCCGGCCGCGCCUCGCCGAUGAAACACUCGGACACCUCCGACAGUGACCGGGAGGAAGGCUGCAGCGGGUCCCCGCGGCUGCAGCGGCGGCGGCGCGCGCGCACGCGGCGCAAGCUGCGCGCCGAGCGCGACGACGCGCCCGACGAGCUCGCCUACAUCGACUCGCUGCCCGAGGAUGUGCGAUUAGUAGAAGUAACCUCUAAUAUCUGGGGCACAAAGUUCAAAAUGCACGGUCUGGUCAAGAACGUGCCUGCCAACCUCGGGCAGGUGACCUACAAGACGUCGCUCCUGCACCUGCAGCCGCGGCAGAUGACGCUCACCAUCGCCGAGCUUCGCGACGACCAGGCGCCAGCUCCCGAUCCGAAUUUCAACCCUAACAUAUUCUCAGAGGAUGAAGAGGAGGUGUUCCCCGAUAGGCGCAAGACGCUCGCAGACCGCGCCAACUCCAACGUGCCUGCCCCGGCUGAGGUCACAACUAACAACCAUAAUAACAACGCUCACGCGUCGCUGGCGCGCGCCGAGUCCUACGACGAGUUCCCGUACAUCGACACGGCCGAGGUGGCGCCCAUCCGCCGCGUGGGCACUCCCCCCGUCCCCAGCCGCCACGCCAUCUCCCCGCUGCGCUGCGAAGGCUCCGUGCCGACGCUCCAAUCUCCCAAAAAUGCUGUCGCCCCGACUGACAUCAUCUUCGAGCGCCCCUCCCCUCAGACCGUCACGUGCGGCGGCGGCCGCGGCGACUUCUGCGGCGGCCGGACUGACUACACCGUCCGCGGCGACAAUGUUUCCUUAAAAGGGAACCUAUCCAACAUAGAUCAACAGUUCAGCCUCAAUCUAAGUUUAGAACCGAGCCGGCAGGUCACGAUAAAGAAAUGCGACAAUCACGUCACCGACAACUGCCUCUCGAAACUUCGCAAAAACAUUUGCGCGCGCGGCGAGUCCGCCUCCUACGAAAUGAACACUAGGAUACUCAAGUCGCUCUGUAACAAGAACUACGAGCACGAGGUACAUCCGGACGCGAUGGGCAGACGCGAGACGCUCAGGAGUCUACAGAAGGGCGAAGACUUGAAGUUUAUCGACGAGGAGACGCCGGUGGAACCCAGCGGCACGAGCGCGAGGGAACCGCGCGUACAGCGGACCACCACCGUCGUGCCUAUCAGCCCCGUGUGCGGCAGCGUACCCGUCUACGACACCAUGACGCGCAGCUGCAGCGUCGGCUACCUAGACAUGGUGGAUCCGGCGGUGCUACACUCCCGGGUGUCAGUCGCGGCGCUGCGGGAGCCGCCGAGGCGACUCGUGCUCGUCGGCGACUCGGGCCGGCGCCGCCGACGCCGCCGCGAGCGACACCAGGACGCCAACAAACCGACUUUAAAGAAAUGCGGCAAAUCGAGAAGCCUCGACUCGAGCGAGCUGUCGCUAGAGAAGAAGCAGACGCGGCAGUCCCGACUGGACACUCUGGAGCCGCGCGCGGAGGCGAGCGCGGAGCGCGGCGCGACGCGGCGGCGCGACUACCCGGUGUGCACGGCGUGCCGCCUGGUGUCGCCGUACGACCGCCGCGACGUGGACGCCGCCACCUACGUGUGCGUGGCGUGCCAGCCGCGCCCCCCGCCCGCCGCGCCCGCGCCGCCCGACCCGCGCGUGCCCAACGCCGACAGCGACUCCGACUACAGCAAGUAUUAUAGUUCACUGGAGCAGCUGGCGCUGCGGCUGUUGGCGUCUCGCUCUCGCAGUUCGCGGGAGAGAGAGAGCAGCUCAGCGCCGGCGUCGCCCCGCCCCGCGCGCUCCACGCCCGCCUCCCCCGCGCCCGCGCCGCGCCGCACGCGGUACUCUUCGGCCUCGCCUAUUAGACAACUACUGAAUUCACCACUGCUAUCUCGGCGGCGUAAGAAGCCGUCAGAGAGUUCAGACGACGAGUGCUCGGGCUACAGCGAGGUCAACGGCCGCAACUACCGCGAUCUCGAGAGCUUCCAGAAGGCUCAGCUCAGGAACAAGUUAAAACGCGCCGGCGGCACGGCGGCGGCGGCAGUAGCGUCCGAACCUCGAGCCGGGCCGCGGCGGCAGCUCGUCAUGCACAACAAGGCGCCCAUGUGGAACGAGAACAGCCAGGUCUACCAGCUCGACUUCGGCGGCCGCGUCACGCAGGAGUCCGCCAAGAACUUCCAGAUCGAGUACCACGGGAAACAGGUAAUGCAGUUCGGGCGAAUCGACGGCAACGCGUACACGCUCGACUUCCAGUACCCGUUCUCAGCGCUGCAGGCCUUUGCUGUAGCCCUAGCCAAUGUUACGCAGCGCCUCAAGUAAACGUCGACAACAUGCCAGCGCCACCUUUGCUGUCCUCCCUACGUCAUCUAUGCAAUUUUAUAAUACCAUGGGGCCUGGCGAAGUCACAAUCGUUUAUAGAAAUAGCCAGUUGAAACUUCAAUAAAUGUAUGGAAAUAAAUGCGUGAUCUUUUUCAUCGGCGGUUAUCCCGAUACAUUUUUAAUUUUCGGUUGGCAUCUGUCGUUAAACGAUUCGUCUUGGCUACGGGGCCUCAAUGCACGCUACGGUCACCAGUUAUUCCAGCAUUAGGUAACGAAAUGUAACUUAGCAAACUUUGAUCUUGCGAUCCCAUUGCUCUAUUUAGCAUACAUCUUAAGUGAGCGCUUUACCAGUCACUCAUGACAUUACCAGCUCAGUAUUGGGCUUCUUUCCACUCGUUUUAGAGAACUGUGUACCUACUCUUUAUAAAAUAUCCAUUGUUCAACUUCGAGUCACUUCAAGUGCCAGUUCCAUAAAACUAAUAAGAUGUUCCCCAAUAUACCAUGACAGCUGAAGACGCUUAGACGUGCGUCCAUACUCUUCAUGAUAAUACUUUUCAUGGUUGAUCUCCGACCGAACGUAAUUUAGAAUUUAAAUAGCGGGCAGCAUUUUUUGCAGUGGCAUGCAUAAGUUCCUACAUAAGGGACGAGUUGAGUGAACUAUAAGAUUGACAUAUAGGUAAGUGAAAAAUAUGCUUAAAAUUGGCGCUAUAUUUGCUAAUCUUUCCGCCAAAAACAUGUAAAUUCAGUAUUCAGUGAGUUUUCUUAUUGUUAAUUAACGUAACACUGGAUAUCGAAUAUGUGAAAUUAUGGUCGUGACUUGCUAGCUAUGCUGCUUUAUAUCAACCUUCGAUAAUGUGCCAUAGCACCAUCUGCUGUGGACGUUGAAAAUUGAACUUUUUGGGACUAAUUUGCUCGCUUAGUGUCAGUACAAACAGCAUCGAUUUAAGUAUAGUAUAGGUAGGUAGUUGUAUGUCAGAAUAUACAAUUAUCAUCAGUAUUUUAUUAUUUUGAUGUUGUAUGUACGAUAGGCCCGCUUGCAUCGGCCCAAUAGCGUAGGACAUAUACAGAUAUUUUGUACACAUGCUUAGAUAGGUAGCUUCGAAGUAUUUCCAUUCGCCGCGGCCGCGGUAUGGUACAAUUAGCGCCCUUACAGUCUUUAAAAACAGUAGUUAUAUACAGAAACGCAAUGUUUUAAUUUUAAAACACAACUUAUUAAAAAGACGAAGUAUUUUCCAUUUUACGGUUGUUGAUAAUAAUAGGUAUAGUUUGUAGCUUUCUAAUAGACCACGACGGCUAAUCCUUUGUCCGUCGGGGUCUAUUAGAAAGCUACAAACUAUACCUAAUCAUAGCACAUUAACUUAUUGUAUUAACUGAACGUGGGUGGGCCUUAUACCUUUACAAUAAGGUUUACCAAGUCACUUAACAGUGUGGACGAUGGUACAUUGGCCAUCAAAUAUAUAGUGACGGCAAAAAUGGUCAUAUAUGUAUAUUGGAACACGUCCUAAUUUCUAUGGAAACAAAAUAUUUUAUUUAUUUGAUGCUUAGUGCUGACUGUACCAUCUCAAGUACCAAUAAAAAUGAAGUGCCGAAAAAAAUUGGCUGGGUCAUACAUUUUGGCCGUUCCAUUUUCUAUGGGAGGGUAAAUUAUUUUUCGCGAUUUCGGGGUUGGUCCCAUAGUGAAAGUUGCUCAGUAUAAUCCCAAAACCUCCCUGGCAACAGAAUUUUUUUGGCUACCGUGUAUAAACCGCCUGCGGAAUACCAUCACAAUCACAGAAAUAUCUUGUUGUCAAGAAAACAUUAGUUUCGUAUAGAUUAUUUUGGAGCGGUUAAAUUCAUGUAUUGUCCAAUAAAAACCCCUAGGCAAUAAACGAUUGACAAAACAUUGCGUCUCUUGUAAAGACUGUUGUAACGGUAAACUGUACGACUGUACCCAAAGGACGAGAGUAAACAAUAUUUAGGUACAAUUGUUAAAUAUUUUGUCACAAUAAGUAGACGGUAUGCCACCGGUCCUUGUGAAAACUGUAUAUUGGCCUAUAGUUAACGUAAUUUACAUUAAGUCAAUGUUGUUGGUCCAUUUUUAAUGACCUUUAGUGUCAUCAUCUUGAAAGGUACUCAUACUUUGGGGCGUAUUAAGAAACGUAGAACAUAAUAUGUAUGUACUUUGUAUUCGCGUUCGCACAUACGUCGACGUCGUGCAUUGAUCUUGAAAUAGAAUUAUUAGUCUUAUUUUACGAUUCUAAAUACGCUCCUUUCGAACAGAAUUUUAUGUACUUAUUUCAGAAUACUCUGUAAUAUUUUAAAUUAUGUAUUUGGUUAGUAUAUAGAUGUUAUUGCACUGAAUUUUUCAUAUACACCAUGUUCAUUGUUUCCUAUUGAAUUGUAAAAGUAAGUAGGUACCUCAGUAUUAUUUUGUUUAAAUGUUUUCAUUGGUUAUUUUGUUUGUAGUUCUCAAUUAUUUGUUGAAGUUCGGCCUAGCCCGUUCCAUAGGUUAAAACGAACAUUUUCUAGUCGGAAUGAACUAAAUCUGUUUGCCUCACUUGCCUCUUCUUAAUAUUAUCCCGAUUAUGUAUAGAUUAUAGGUAUUAGAUAUGUUCUUAUCAUGGCAAAUAAGCUGAUCCGGAGGAUAAAUGUUUUAUCGGUUUUUUUGUUUGUGAACGGCUUGCCCACAUCGUCCCAUUCUAUUACUUUAGGUUCCUUUAACAAAAGUACUGUAACUACGACUGAAAGUUUGUUGUUGGCCUGGUAAUUGUCGUUGGUUCAAAUUCGGGUAGGUAAUAUUUUUUGUCACUCGAACCCUGCAUAAAAAACGCACCUAACCCCUAUUGAAAUCCGACCCGAAGCGCGCAAUAGCUAACACUUGAAAUAUCGUCGGCCUAAAUCGCAAACCUCGUAACUCCAUUUCAAGGAAAUUAGUAAUUGCUACCUUGGGUAACAAUACUUAUAGUCGCAAACCUCUUAACACCCCGACUUAGGCCGACGAUAUGUGACUUAAGUGUUGACGCUUAUAAACAAAGUUGCUGUAGUUUUUUAUGACGAAGCUUUGUUAUUCGACUCUUGUUUGUAUAAGAAAUACUCUUUCAAAACGACACCACAUUGAUGUGACAUUUGAGAUAUAUGAGGGACUUCACUUGAAUCUGGGGGACUUUUAGCAUUAACUAGUGACCCGCCCCGGCUUCGCACGGGUAAAACUUAACAAAUUAACACCUAAACCUUCCUCAAGAAUCACUCUAUUGAGAGGAAAAUCCGUUCAGUAGUUUGAGUUUAUCGCGAACAUACAAACAGACGCGGUGGGGGACUUCGUUUUAUAAGGUGUAAGUGAUACGUGCUAUUUAUUUUAAUUUUACAUUGGUUAGUUAUGGCUUGGUUAUGAAAUGUUGAAUUGGAUGGUCCACAAGACUUCAGCGUAGUCUAAACUAUACCAUAUUUACUUAUAUUUAACGCCGCCAUUAACCGCCAAAGAAAUCAUAUGACGCGCGCGGCUGUAGUUUCAAUAUCCACCUUCGUGCAUUCCGACAAGUUUCACGAUGAGGCCCCGCACACGAGGGGCGUGAGGCGUGGCGUUCAAAGGGUUAACUGCAGUGGCUCGCGCGUAGCCCCUUCAUUCGGGCAUAUUGAAAGAAAAAAAAAGCGGCCAAGUGCGAAUCGGACUCGCGCACGAAGAGUUCCGUACCAUAAUGCAAAAAAAAGGAAAAAAACGGUCACGCAUCCAAGUACUGACCCCGCCCGACGUUGCUUAACUUCGGUCAAAAAUCACGUUUGUUGUAUGGGAGCCCCACUUAAAUCUUUAUUUUAUUCUGUUUUUAGUAUUUGUUGUUAAUAUUCUGUUUUUAGUAUAGCGGCAACAGAAAUACAUCAUCUGUGAAAAUUUCAACUGUCUAGCUAUCACGGUUCGUGAGAUACAGCCUGGUAACAGACGGACGGACGGACAGCAGUCUUAGUAAUAGGGUCCCGUAUUUUACCCUUUGGGUACGGAACCCUAAAAAGGGCCUCGCAGAUGCGACUUCGCCCACGGCUAGACUAGAUCACGCUACGCCACUGAUUAACUGGACACGUAAUAAUAAGACAGCACACAUGUUUGCUCCCAACGAGUUAUACGGCUAUAACUUUCAGAGUUAACCAAAAGAUCUGUUAUGUUAUGUUAUGUUAUUAAAACUUUAGUUCAGCACGUUUGAUUAUCGUUAUAGUAGAGUAGAACAUAGAUAUUUAUAUUAAUUAUCUGAUUAUGUAAUUCGUUCUAACGCCGAUCUUCGGUCGAACAUACAUACAGAUGUGCAAGUCGUAGGAAGUUUCCAAAAUUUCCGGAAACUUAUGAAAUUUCUCAGAUACUUAUUCAAGUAAGAUUCUAUUACGGAAAUUUCGAGAAAUUUCCAAGAUAUUUACAUUUAUGUAUCGAAAUUUUGGAAACUCCGUGGGCACAUCAAUAAACAUACAUAUCUCUGGUUAAUUACGAUCGGAACGGUUUCCUUUCCGCUCAUUGGUUUAAGACUGCACAUAGGAACAUAUAUUUUGUGAUACUCAUUUUAUUGUUUUUCUAAGUAAUUAUAGUUAAGUCACGGUAUUCUAGGUGUAUAGGCCGAGUUGAAUUUGUUUUGUUUGCGUGUUGUAAAUGCCUGGAGUGAUGUGUGAAACAGAUUAUCUUUACACUCGCACAUGAAAUAGACAUGAAAAGUGAUCCCUAGUUGACCUUAAGACCUCACUUCGCUCGGUCGAUUAUUUAACCCUUUCACACUUCACACAUGCCAACGUCAAUGGUACAAAGAGCCAAUUUAAUAGCUUUUUAGAAGGCGUUACCAAAAACGUAGUCGUUGGGAGGUUCUUGGUAUUGAGGUAUUCAAAUGGUUAAAAUAAAACGUAAAAUAUUAGAUGUAGUCGCCAUCAGAUAUAUUGGAUCGGCCAAUGUGCCCAAAAAUAUCUGCAUAUGCACUUUACCCUUUUUGAUAAUAGCGGCUUUGUUGAGAUAUGCAUUUGUGAACACCUUGUCCGCUCCGAUAUAUCUUAUCACGACUAUAAUAUGAUAGGGUCACUUACACUACGCCAUCGUAUCACAGGUUCUCAGAAAAAAAUAUUUUGAGGCAUUUCGUUUAGUUCCUUAGCUUAAGAGCCCAUCGACGUGCACACUAGCGCCACUGCUAUGAAGUCAAAACAAAAACGGCCGUUUUAACUUUGGACGCUAGACAGAUUGACGAAUUCAGCAACAUAAAAGCUAGUUUGAUGUAUUCAAAAGGUACUCAAAUACAAAAUACAGUACGUAGCGGCCCCCUUUUUUAAAUACCAAUCGUUAAAUUUAAAUAAUCACGAUUAUUUAGCAGUGGCGCUAGUGUGCACGUUGAUGGGCUCUAAACCCGUCCACUCCCAUGGCUCAUAUAUGAGCCGCAACGCUUAUGGUGACGUCACAUCGUGGGAAUUGACAAGUUAAUUCCUUAUAUUUGUUUCACUUUCAAGCACAUCACUUCAGGCGACUAUUAGUUGUUUUGUUUCGUUGAAUGUUGACGUGUUAGUUGCCCUCAGUCGCUUUUUAUUUGGUGUUUCACUUGUCAUCUGUACAUAUGUACCUACUAUAGUGACAAAGUGUAAAUAAAAAAUAUUCUCCAGACA